UAUCGCACCCCAAAGUAUCUGGGUGUGUGCUGUUGCCAUUACCUGCCCCAAAAUUGCAUCCAAAAACCGGUUCAUACCAGGUGACGUCAAACGAUCGAAACUCUCGCAAGUCAUCCCCAUCCGAGCGGUUGUUUAUCUGGCAAACAAACGAACUGUAUGAUUCAUUACCGGCCCUAGUGCUUCGACAAGCGUGUCAGCUGUGGCAGUCGUGUUCGAGUGUUCGAAAAAUCGCGUUGCAAAGUAAAUCGCAAUGUCCACCGUGGAAGAGGUUCCCGCUGUGAUUGUUGACAAUGGAAGCCACACGACAAAGGUCGGUCUGACGGAAGACGCCGAUCCAGAGGCCGUCUUUCGAACGCUGGUCGAGGUCCGUUCCGACGGAAAGCGUGUUGUUAGCGCGGGCGUGCCAACGGAAUCGACCGGCGCCCGUGUCCAUCCCAUUGUGCGUGGCGUUCCCGUGGAUCUGGAUGCCCUUGAGGUCGUUUGGGAGCACGCAUUCCGGCAAGUGCUGAAGGUUGAUCCCCGGGAGCAUAAGGUGCUGCUGACCGAAAGACCGCUAGCCUCGUCCAGCGAAACCCGGGAAGCGAUUGUUCAGCGGAUGUUUGAAAAGUUUGAGGUACCGGCCACGUAUCUGGCUAUGCAGGGCUUGAUGGCACUGUAUGCGGCCGGACGCACAAGCGGUACAGUGCUUGACAUUGGCGAAGGUCUUACUAGCGUUGUACCGGUCUACCGGUACACACCACAGAAGGAAUCAAUCAUUAAUGUUCCGUUCGCUGGGACUGACAUGGUCGACUAUCUUGCCAGCACUCUCGCUAUCACACGAGACCGGACCGAGCUUGCAAGGGAGAUAAUGGAAAAGGUGUGCAGCGUCAGUGGCGAUCCAGCGAAAGAGGUUUCAUCGUUGAGUGACCAGGUGUACAGGGGAACCGCUGGAACGAGUGUCACCGUCGGAAAGGAACGGUUGCUGUGUGCGGAAGCCCUGUUCAAUGGCUCCGAGGGCAGAAGAAGUGUCCAGCAGCUCGUGACUGAUGCGGUGACCGGUUGCCCGGUAAACACACGGAAGGAGCUGUACGCAAACGUGAUCCUUGCCGGGGGUGCAACGAUGUUCCCUGGUAUGGGUGAUCGGUUGCAGCGAGAGCUGGAGACCCUGUUGCCGACGACCGCAACCUACCGAGUGAAGGUGAUUGCACCACAGAACGCCACACUAACCAUCUGGACCGGUGCGUGUCUCGUAGCGCAGAGUCCGUUGUUCCAGCAGCUGUGGAUAACGCGACAGGAGUACGAUGAGUUCGGUGCCUCGAUUGUGCAUCGCAAGUGCGCCUGAAAUUUUGCCGUGAGAGGAGGUCCUUUUUUGGAUGGUUUAAUUUCGUUUUAAGGUUGAUUAAAAUCGAUUGUUUUGGUUCCAGUAAUUCGAUCCAGCUUCCCCUAAUGAUCGCUUAUAGCAAUACUGUGCACUCAAUUGUUUACAAAAUUGAAUGAAUCAAUCAGAAAUUUAUGCUUCUACUUCAGCCCAAGCUGGUGCAAUGCAAUUCAGAAAGCGAAUAAAAUGAUUUUCCCCCACCAUAAA